AUGGUUUUGCCCUUCCUUCGCACGUUCACUGGAACCAUGUUCUUAGAUCCUAUCCCUGCUAAUGCUCAUCGUCAUUAUCUGUUCUUUGCCAAUCGAGAGGUUCUCCCCUCAUAUCAUGUUCAGCUUCAUGAUCUGAUUGAAGUUGGCCUUGAUGUGCGUCCCUUCAUUCAAAAUCUUGGGUGGAACUUUUUGUUGAAUCACCCUUUUUCGACUGUUAUUUGUCCUGAUGCUGUGCGUUUCUUCUAUUCAAACCUUCGGUUUACACAGCUCAGUUCUCGUUUUUUCACCUCUCUGGUUUUUGGUAAUCUUCUCACAGUUCCUGUGGCUGAAAUAGAGCGUUUCCUUCAUGUCCCAGCCAUUGGUGAGAAUCUUGCUGAUGCCUCUGAGCUGGAGUUGUUUAAUUUUGAUAUUUCAGGCGAGUUCCGACAGCUUACAGGCCAGUUUCCUGGUCCAAAUCUUACUAUGCCUGUUUCAACUCUUCUGCCUUCGCUUCGAGCCCUUCACUUUUAUAUCUCUAGUGUUUCUGCCCCGUUCUGGUGA